AUGCUAGCAAUCAUUCUAAUUUUGGAAUUAACGUACCCGAUGUAUGUCGAUCACAAGAUUAUUAUGGCUUCUAACGAUGCGGUUAGUAUUGACAAAAAAGACAAGGUUCGCAUUCUAUUUGAGCCCGUACGAGAAGGAGACGACGAGCAUAGGGUCCGUGAGGCCCGUGACGCGGUCUAG